AUGGCAACGGUUGUCACUGAAAAGCUUAGCCGUCUCUUCAUUAACGUGCAGCAGGUCCCUCAGCUGCUGGCCCCGCUCUCUCCUUCCACCGUCAGCAGUUCGGAGGUGCCAAAGGUCUUCUGGAAGCCCUACAUCCAUACUGGCUACCGGCCCGUGCAGCAGACCUGGCGCUAUUACUUCUCGACGCAAAAGCACAACGAGGCCAUCAACGUCUGGACCCAUCUGGUGGCAGCGCUGAUCCUGCUGCUGCGGUUCCAGCAGCUCUCGCACCGAGUGGAUUUUGGGCAGGACCUGCAUGCCCAGCCCCUCCUCAUCAUCAUCGUGGCGUCCAUCACCUACCUGACCUUCAGCACCCUCGCUCACCUUCUGCAGGCCAAAUCCGAGUUCUGGCACUACAGCUUCUUCUUCAUGGACUACGUGGGGGUCGCCAUUUACCAGUACGGCAGCGCGCUGGGGCACUACUACUAUGCCAUCGAGCCAAACUGGCAUGAGAAGAUCAAGGGAUUUUACAUGCCGGCGGCCGUCCUGUUGGCAUGGCUGUCCUGUGCCGGUUCCUGCUAUGCCAAGUACCAGUAUCACCAGUCUGCCCACCUUCUGAGCCGCCUCUGCCAGGAGCUGCCCUCGUGCCUGGCGUACAUGCUGGACAUCAGCCCUGUGGUCCACCGCAUCUACAGCGCGCCGCCCUCCGAGCACGCUGACCCGGCCCUUCUGUUUCACAAAUGCCAGGUGCUGUUUUUCCUCAUUGGUGCCUUUUUUUUCUCACACCCUUACCCUGAGAAGUGGUUCCCGGGGAAAUGUCACUUCUUUGGGCAGAGCCAUCAGAUUUUUCACGUGUGCCUGGUGCUCUGCACGCUGGCGCAGAUCGAGGCGGUGGUGCUGGACUAUGAAUCCAGGCGACAGAUCUAUUCCACUCUUCAGGGUGAUUUGGCACACAACUUCUCUGCCCUGUGCCUCUUCACUGUGACUUGCUCUGUCCUCACAGCUGCUUACAUGGCCCAGAAGGUGAAGAACAAGCUGAGCUUCAAAGAAGAGUAA